AUGCGUUCGCUGGGAGCCUUGACGGCGUCACUCGUGCUAACGGCCCGUUGCGCAGCCGUCGCGGCUGCAGCGGAGGCCGAUAUGCAAAAGCCCAUGGGGCCAUCAUUAUCUUCAUCGUCAUCAUCAUCGGAUUCGUUGUAUCCGGCAUCCCCAGAGAAUGCCGAGUCUUUUUCAUCUUUCCGGUCAACGACGACGACGACGACGCCCUCAGUGAAUCCCGCCGGUUCGUCAUGGUACGCGAGGCUGAAUUACUCGUCGCCGGCGCCGCACCUGUUCGCGUCGGCGUACGGCCUGCUGCAGCAGUGGAGCAACACGGUGUUUCCAAACGGGCACACGAUGGCGGCGGUGGAGAUUCCGGCGUUUACGCUGUUUUAUCACGGGAGGAUGGAUGAGGAGGAUGUACCGAGUCCAGAGUGGCUUGCCUUUGAUAUAGAAAUGGCCUACGGCAUCAUGGGCAGCACCCGCCAGAGCUUCAUGCUCACGUACCAGACGACGCGGCCCGUUAAGGCGCUCUACUUUGACGGCGAGUCCGCGUCGCUGAUGGGGUUCGGGCAGCUGGACACGCAGAUGCUGCACCUGUACGGCAACGUCUCGGGCCCGGACUCGGGGGGCGGGCCGCGGCGUGGUCUCGAGCCCGAGUACGAGAGGGCCAUGGGACUGUGCGACUGGUUGUUGGAAAAGGGGUUGCGAGGGCACGGGUGGGGGUUUGAGGGAGUCGUGAGGAUGAAUGCGGGGUUUGAGCUGAUAUGGUGCGAUUUCGGGGGUGGGAGUAUUAGGUUGGUCAGUCGCGGGAAUGUUACGGCGCCGCAGAUGAGGGAGGGUGAUGGGGGUGAUGGGGGAAAGCGGGCUGGGGAUGAGGUUCUGGAUGUGAGGGACAAGGUUGGAGGGGCUGCGAGAGAAGGAGGCGGACGUGUGCGUAAUGAAGAGGAGGAGCCGACGUCGGUAUACCCGCUCCCACCUCAGCCAACGUUGACGGAUCGUCCCGUGAGCCCUUCACGUCCGCCGAUGCCGCCCAACUGGCGCGGGAUCAUGGGUCCUGCUGAGCGGGAGCCGUUUCUGCAGGCUCAGGGUUGGGGCUGGUUUGCCUCGGCAACGUGGCACUAUGGAUCGAACGGUUUCGGCCAGGGAAAGGGAGAGACGAGGGCAAAGGUCCUGGGGUGCGGGAUCACGAGCUGGUACUCGAGUCGGUUCUGGGGUACGACUGUCGAGGAAGAGCGUCAGAGGCUGAACCUUACUGAGGAAGGGUACUGGGCUGGCGGGGAGAGCGUUGGCAAUCGGAGCGCGGCGUUGGGGGCGCUGGGGAGGAGAAGAAGGUACCAUCACCUGGGGAAUGUGACGGCGUCGCAGGCGGCGGGGAUGAGGUGGGAGACGGAGGUGAUGCUGCGCGACGCGCUUGUCGGCGAGGGGGGCUGCAGCGGGAUGGAGUGGGUGAAUGCCAUGGGGGAGAUUGUGCAGCGGACGGCCGGGCAUCUGAUGGUAAUGGAGGAGGGCGCGAGGUUCGAUGAGGACUGGGGCAACGCGACGGAGGUGCAGGAGUGGCUGUACAAGUUGCGUGGGCAGAGCCACAUGUUCUUGGUCUCUUUCCUGGAGUAUCCGCACGAGAUUGGCGGGGCGACGUGGGACGCCAGGGGCGAGCUGUUUGCAGAGACCUACUCGAGGUGUCGGUAUCGGUAUACUAGGUUAAUGGUGGACCUGCCGCUGAGUGUGCGGGAGCGGGAUUUGAGGGAUGCAGUGGAGGAGGUCAUGGGCGGGAUCUGCGGGGUGUUGCUGGAGGUCGGGUUCGGUGUUGAGAGGGCAUGGUACGACCUCGAGCAAGGGAAGACGUCGGAACUGAAGGCUGCUAGCGAGAAGUGGGCGGACGGGGUAAGGCGGCUGCGGGCAUGGGUUGGUUGGGAAGGAGAGUUCAUCAGGUGCCGGGAGGUGUGCGGGUGGGAUGAGCGGUGCUAUAUUCCCAUGUGGCCGAUGCUGAGGUCCACGUGGGGUGGCAGGAGACCGAGGCCGCCGCCGGAGCAUGGGCCGGGGAACGGUACGGAGCCUGGCUAUGGCCGGCCGCCGCCGCCGCCGUAUCGGGGGCGGAGACCUGGGUCCGGCGGGAACCACACCGGGCCGCCUGGGCGUGGGAUGCCGGGGCGGAGUCCGAUUUGGAUGGGCGAUGAGACGGACUUAUGGGAGCCUAAGUGCCUAAAGAUGGAGGAUAUCAUGCCCAAUGCCAGAGGGGACUAG